UCCUACUUUGCCCCCAAACGCAGAUGCAACCCUUAUAAGGCUUCCAUGCAAUAGCUAUAGCUUUCCCGCAUCCCUGCAGCUUCCAUCACUGUCAGCGGCGAAGCGUCGUCUCAGCAUAAUAAUAGCGAGGAUUCCAGAGUACCUUACAGAGAAGCUUAGAAAUUCUUUUGGAGUUGGUGUAAAUAAUGGGAAAGAAAGCCAAAGGGUCAAGGAAGGGUAAGAAAGCUUGGAGGGCUAACAUUGGUACGGAAGACAUUGAAGACUUCGUUGAGAAAUCAACUAAGGAUGCUCUUUCUGGUGGCCCUGUGGAUUCCGUUCCCAGCGAGUCUCUCUUUUAUAUCGACAAGUCUAAAGAUCUUUCGGUGAAAAAGAAGAUUGAAAAACAUAGGGAAAAAGUCCUUCGUUGUGACAGCUUGCUACAGAAGAACCCAUUUUUAAACUCUGUGCCAUCUUCAACUCUGAAGAAGUCCACUAAAAAGCACAAAGAAGUCCAUUAUGCGAAAGAGGCCACUCAGGAUGACUUUAAGGUUGAUUCUGGCUCUGCUUCUGGCGUGUUUGAUCUAUGGGGAAAUAGAGAUGAGGACAAUGCCAAGGUCAAAAGGGUAUCAAAGCCUUCUCUUAUUCCAGCCGUUGAAGUUGAUCCUCCUGGAUGCUCAUUCAACCCCGCAUUUGAAAGCCACCAGGAUACAUUAGCUUGUGCUGUUGCUCAAGAAAUGCAGAAAAUCUACAAAGAUGAAUUGGGACCUGAGCCUGUACCAUUAGUUGUCCCUGGAGAAGCUAUUGCGGAGGAAGAUAUGUAUUUUCUUGACGUGGAUGAUGGCAGUGAUGAUGAAGACAAUCUUGAAAAUGAGGACACUGAAUUAGAGAAGAGACCUACUAAAACAAAAAGAGUGACUCGAGUCAAGUUGAACAAGAGAGCAAGGCUCAAAGAGCAAUUGAGGAAAGAGGCAGAAGCAAAGAAGUUGGAGCAAUUGUCAAAAGAAAUUGAUAGUGUACAAAAUAUCGUUCAAGAAAUUGAGAAGGAAGAUGAAGAGAAGAACAAAAAACGUCUCAGGAGACUUGUUGCUAAACAAGAGAGGCUGAAGUCACGUCCACCUCGUUUAGGAAAAUACAAAUUUGAGCCUGAACCUGUUCAAGUUCUACUCUCUGAGGAGAUAACAGGGUCCAUCCGGAAGCUCAAGCCUUGUUCCACCCUGUUAAAGGAUAGAUAUAAUAGCCUACAGAAAAGAGGAGUGAUUGUUCCAACUGGCCGAAGAAGGAAGUUAGGCAGGAAGUAGCCGUCACAUUAUUAACAGUUGCCAAUUUUCGAGUGAAGAUGGACUUGGCAACAGAUGCAGAGUAAAAGAUGAAGAUGAUCUACAACAUGAUAAUUUUGUCUAUCUUUUGAUUUGCUUGAUAUCUUAUUUUCUCUGGUUUACUAUUCUCCUUUUGAAAUUAAGAAUGCUUUGCUAAUGGCAUGUGAUAAUUAAGAUUCAAAAUAUAGUAUAACUUGUGUGUUUUAUUCC